AUGAAGACCACCACAGUCGCGUGCGCUGUCGCUGGUCUAUUAUUUUCUUGUGUGAGUGGUGCUCCAGACCCCGUCCAUGUUGAAAUUCAACAGCGUGCUCUGCCAAAUGCCCCCGAUGGAUACACACCCAGUACAGUUGGUUGUCCUGCCAGUCGCCCUACCAUUCGCAGUGCCGCAAGUUUGUCGCCCAACGAGACAUCAUGGCUGGAGACGCGUCGGGGCAAGACUACUUCUGCGAUGAAGGACUUCUUUAAUCAUGUCAAGAUUCAAGACUUCGACGCGGCGGGCUACAUUGACCGCCAUUCCAGUAACUCGUCGGAUCUUCCCAAUAUCGGCAUCGCAGUCUCUGGUGGUGGCUAUCGAGCAUUGAUGAACGGCGCGGGUGCAAUCAAGGCCUUUGAUAGCCGUACGCCGAAUUCCACGAGCGCCGGUCAGUUGGGUGGAUUGCUGCAGUCAGCCACCUAUCUGUCUGGCCUGAGCGGUGGAUCAUGGCUGGUGGGAUCAAUCUACAUCAACAACUUUACUACCAUCUCUGCACUCCAAACACACCAAAAGGGCACCGUUUGGCAAUUUCAAAAUUCAAUUUUCGAAGGUCCCGAUGGGGGUAGCAUUCAGAUUUUGGAUUCAGCCACCUAUUAUAGGGACAUCAGCAAUGCGGUCUCCGGAAAGUCGGAUGCAGGCUACCCGACUUCAAUUACUGACUACUGGGGCCGUGCUUUGUCCUACCAGAUGAUCAAUGCAACCAACGGUGGUCCCAGCUAUACAUGGUCCUCCAUCGCGCUAACCGACGCCUUUCAGAAGGCAGAGAUGCCAAUGCCUUUGGUUGUUGCAGAUGGUCGCUACCCUGGAGAACUUCUCAUCAGCAGCAAUGCCACCGUCUACGAAUUUAAUCCUUGGGAAUUUGGAACUUUUGACCCCACAGUUUUUGGAUUUGCGCCCCUCGAGUAUCUAGGAACCAAAUUCAAUGGCGGCUCAGUCCCAAGUAAUGAGAGCUGUGUGCGUGGCUUUGACAAUGUUGGCUUUGUCAUGGGUACGUCCUCUACUCUCUUCAAUCAAUUCCUUCUUCAGAUCAACUCAACGGCUUUGCCGGAUUGGCUGAAAUCCGUCUUCACCGACAUCUUGAAGGACAUUGGCGAGAAUGACGAGGACAUUGCUCAAUAUGCUCCUAACCCAUUCUACCACUUUUCCAACACAACCAACCCUAGUGCCGCUGAAUUGGAACUGGAUUUGGUGGAUGGUGGUGAAGAUCUGCAGAAUAUACCACUGCACCCGUUGAUUCAGCCAGAGCGACAUGUCGAUGUGAUCUUCGCCGUCGAUUCCUCUGCCGAUACCACGUACAGCUGGCCCAACGGAACUGCCCUUGUCGCUACUUAUGAGCGUAGCCUAAAUUCCUCAGGCAUCGCCAACGGUACUUCCUUUCCUGCAAUUCCCGAUCAGAAUACCUUCGUCAACAAGGGCUUGAACACUCGACCUACGUUUUUCGGGUGCAAUAGCUCAAACACCACUGGCCCGUCGCCCUUGAUUGUAUAUCUUCCGAACUACCCCUACACGGCUUACUCCAACUUUUCUACUUUCCAGCCAGACUAUACCGAACAAGAGCGAGAUUCUACCAUUCUGAACGGGUAUGAUGUGGUGACAAUGGGUAACAGCACUCGCGACGGCAACUGGUCAACCUGUGUCGGCUGUGCUAUCUUGAGUCGGUCUCUCGAACGCACCAACACUAACGUGCCGGAAAUCUGCAAACAAUGUUUCCAGAGGUAUUGCUGGGACGGCUCUCUCAACAGCACCACCCCUGCGGGUUACGAGCCGGUCACGAUUUUGGAUAGUGCAGCCUCUGGGAUCAUUCCAAGUAUUUCCACUGUUGCAAUGGCCGUUGUUUUUGCCGCCUGGACAAUUUUCUAA